AACUAAAACGUGAAGCUAUGACUUAUUCGUUCUUAAAAUACGAUUCUUGGUCAAUACACCUUGCAAUAAAAAAAGAUGAAUCUCAGACUGUACUCUUACCAACAAAAAUUUCUCAAGUUCUUAUCGAUUGUAUUGAUUGUGAUAUUAGUCGAUUUCGCACAACAAAAACUUAA